GCUGGGCCUCUUGUUGGGCCUUUCUGGGAGAUGUUGGCGCUGCUGGCCCAGGAACCGGGCAUAGAAUGGCUGGAGCGGGCCCUUGCUGGGCAAGCAGACCCCUUCUCGCGUGGCGGCCAAGGAGCAGCACGCAGGACGGUGGCGGUGGUGCGUCCAGGCGGCUCCCGGCAGUGCGGGGAGCGCGGCAGCUCGGGGAUCGGGAGGGAAUUCAGCUGCUCUCAGAAACAUUCAUUGGGACCUUGGCCUCUGAAGACUUUGUCAUUGUUGGAGUGUUCAGGGGAUGGUAGGUUUUGGCAAGCCUGCCUCGAAGGACUGAAGAAAUUCCUUGUCUAUAGGAGAAGCAUGGGAAUGCCUGCAGCCUGGCCAAUUCCAAAGGAGCAAGUUAGAGGAUUUUUAACUGUGGAGUCUCUUUAUUCACCCUCAAAGGCACUGGUGUAUGUGGCAGGACUGGCUUAUUUAUCAAAAUUGACUGGUAACUCUGAUCCUCUGGGGGAUCCUAUCAUACAUUUCAUGGUGAUAGGCCUGAAACGUCAAGCAGGCAUCCUGAGAGAUAAAUACUUGCCUGUAACAAUUGAGGUGUUGCGAUCUCUCUUGGGUGCUCUGGAGUCUGUAUGCAUAACUCAUUAUGAAUGUUUACUGUUUCGUGCAUUAUUUACUGUAGCUUUUUUUGGGGCACUUCGAAUAGGAGAGAUGGUUGCAAAGCACCGUGGUGUACUGCAGCCUGAGCUACUGCACCUGAGUGACCUCCAGCUGAUGGAGAGGAGAGUGGCGUUUCAUUUGCGUAACUCUCCUGUGGGUCAGGAGAGACAUGUCAUCAGCCUUGGGCUGUCUGAAGAGCCGUGGGUGUGCCCUGUUCUGGCUGUCCAGAACUACAUGAUAGUUCGUUCACAGCUGGAAGGGCCACUCUUUAUCCACUUGGAUAAUACAACUGUAACAAAGAGAGACUUCCUGACUGUCCUUCGAGGGGCCCUGCAGCUGCUGGGGCUGUGCCCAGAGCAGUAUGGUGUGCAUUCCUUCUGGCUGGGGACUGCUGUCACUGCUGCAUGCUGCGGGUAUCCAUGGGAAGAUGUAACUCGCCUGGCAAGAUGGCCCUGUAUGGUCCUAGACAGACCAUAGCUUUGGAGAUGGACAGGAAAACAGAAGCUAAUGAAUUACCUUCUUUCUCUAGAGUUAACUGCAUGGUUUCUAGUCUUUGGCAUUAACACCUGUAACAAACUCAUCUACCUCACAGGAGGAUGAUCUCUGAAGUUUGCUCACAGUGGCUGCUUGUGCUGUGCGUGGACCUUGUCUCUGUCUUGACAGAACAAGUCUUCAGGCAGUUUUAUCUUGUAUAGUGUGAAUUAAUAAAUGUUACCUUUUUAAAAA